GGGCCGGGGCGGACCCUGGCAUUAAGGACAGAGUUCUGCUGCAGACAUGGCGCUGCUCGGCCGUGCCUUCUUUGCUGGGGUGUCCCGCCUCCCCUGCGACCCCGGUUCUCAGAGGUUCUUCAGCUUUGGAACGAAAACACUGUAUCAAAGCAUUGAUGCUCCACAGGCUAAAUUCUUCUCGCCCCUUUUAAAGCCUAUGCUACCACCUAAUACUUUUCAAGGAAAAGUGGCUUUCAUUACGGGUGGAGGUACUGGCCUAGGCAAGGCAAUGACAACUUUCCUGUCCAGCCUGGGUGCCCAGUGUGUGAUAGCCAGCAGGAAUAUUGAUGUUCUGAAAGCUACUGCAGAAGAGAUUUCUUCUAAAACUGGAAAUAAGGUUCAUGCGAUUCGGUGUGAUGUUCGAGAUCCUGAUAUGGUACAUAACACAGUGCUGGAGCUGAUCAAAGUUGCAGGGCAUCCGGAUGUGGUGAUAAACAACGCUGCAGGGAACUUCAUUUCUCCCAGUGAGAGACUGUCUCCCAACGGUUGGAAGACCAUAACUGACAUAGUUCUCAAUGGCACAGCCUAUGUGACACUAGAGAUUGGAAAGCAGCUAAUUAAAGCACAGAAAGGAGCUGCAUUUCUUGCUAUCACUACCAUCUAUGCUGAGAGUGGAUCAGGCUUUGUAAUGCCAAGUUCUUCAGCCAAAUCAGGCGUGGAAGCCAUGAAUAAGUCUCUUGCAGCUGAAUGGGGUAGAUACGGAAUGCGUUUCAACAUAAUACAGCCAGGGCCUAUCAAAACCAAAGGUGCCUUUAGUCGUUUGGACCCGACUGGAAGAUUUGAGAAAGAUAUGAUCGAGAGAAUCCCCUGUGGUCGGCUGGGAACUAUGGAGGAACUUGCAAAUCUAGCCACUUUCCUUUGCAGUGAUUAUGCCUCUUGGAUUAAUGGGGCAGUCAUUAGAUUUGACGGCGGAGAGGAAGUAUUUCUGUCAGGUGAAUUCAAUUCUCUAAAGAAGGUCACCAAGGAGGAGUGGGAUGUAAUCGAAGGACUCAUCAGGAAAACAAAAGGCUCCUAAGAUGGUCGUGACUUCAUCUGUGACGCUAACACUAAAGUUAGGGGCUAGAGUGAUACAGAUGGACCAUGGUUUUCUGCUUGUCUUCAGGAUUAAUAAACUUUUUUAAUUGUUUUCUU